UAUGGAUUUACAACACAUGUGUCAAACUUGAUACCUGGAAACCUGACAUAAUAUCCUUUCAUUUAGAUACGAUGUGAUGUUUUAGAGUAAAUUAAAAAGAAAGAAACCAUUCGAGAUGGGUAAAACAUCAGCAUUUGUCAAAUUUUCCCUUUUUGGUUUAGCUAUGGUCUCCUUGUCACUCUGGAAGAAUAAUAAAGAUGAGAUAGAAUGGAAUACUAGCAAACAAUUGAGGCACCUGACAUCACUCCCUAACUGUACACCAAGGGCCAUAAGUCAGUUUCCGCAUGGAAUGUUUACACAAGAACAACGUGUACAUGGAGCAGUAGUGAUUAACAUCCUUAUAGCAGUUUAUAUGUUUUUGGGUUUUGCAAUCAUCUGUGAUGACUACUUUGUACCUUCUUUAGAAAUCAUGUGUGACGUUCUUCAUAUACAGUCGGAUGUUGCAGGAGCCACUUUAAUGGCAGCAGGCAGCUCUGCACCAGAACUAGCUACUGCUGUUAUAGCUGUGUUCAUUGCUAAAGAUGAUAUAGGACUUGGGACUGUUGUUGGUUCAGCUGUUUAUAAUGUGAUGUUUGUCAUCAGUAUUUGUGCAUUAUUUGCCGGAAUGGUGGUACAUCUGAAUUGGUGGCCUUUAUUUAGAGACUGUGCCUUUUACACUUUAAGUGUGUUAGCAUUAGCUUAUGUGAUAUAUGAUGAAAAUGUAUACUGGUAUGAAUCGUUAGGACUUGUGAUAUUCUACAUUUUUUAUAUAGUGCUGAUGUUUUUUAACUCGAAAUUAGAAGUUUGGAUGGUAGAACAUUGUAAAUGUUUAUGUAGUUCCGUUCAUCAUAAACAAGGAAUAAAACACAACAAUACUAUCGUACACUAUGAUAAAUUAUCAGAAUCAGUCACAUCGAAUGGCAGCAUUACCUCAACAAAACAUAGACACUAUGAUGUAGAAUCAGAUUCUCAAAGCUCAGAAGUAGAUGCAGAUGAUGUUGAUCAUUAUGAUGAACCACUUAUGAGUAAUAUUGAAGAACCAGAAUCAGUAUUUGCACUUCCAAAUGUUUGGUACAAAAAAAUUCUGUGGACAUCUUCUUUACCUUUAAAAAUUUUAUUCUUCAUAUCAGUACCUGACUGUCGGCAGCAACGAUGGAAAAAAUAUUUUUUUAUUACUUUCAUAAUGUCAUUAUUUUGGUUGACAGCAUUAUCUUAUUUAAUGGUUUGGAUGAUUACUAUAAUAGGUUUUACUGUAAAUUUACCAGAUACUGUAAUGGCCUUGACAUUUGUGGCAUUUGGUGUCAGCUUACCUGAUGUUAUAUCGAGUCUUAUUGUAGUUAGAGAAGGUUAUGGUGAUAUGGCUGUUUCAAAUGCUGUUGGCAGUAAUGUAUUUGAUAUUUUAAUUUGUAUGGGUGUACCUUGGGUACUAAAGUCAGCCAUUAAUGAUGGUGCACCUAUAAAAGUUUAUAGUGAAGGAUUAUUAUAUUCAACCUUGACUUUACUAGGAACUGUAGUCUUUUUACUUGCUGCUACUCAUGUGAAUGGCUGGAAGUUGACAAAGAAGUAUGGAAUAGUUUUAAUGAUUGUUUACCUCUUAUUCACUAUACUCACUGCUUUAUAUGAAUUAAAUGUUUUUGGAUAUGUUCACCCAAAAGAAUGUAAAACUAAUUAUUGAACUUUUAUAUAAUCUGAGGAGAAAAUCUCAGAACUUAUUGAUUUUUUUUUUUUUUUGUAUUUUACAUCAACUUAUAUGUAAAUGUUAAGUUUAUUGCAAUUUAAGUCUUUUCAUCUACAACAAGUAUUAUAAAAAAGAAUCUGAAUAUUAUAAUGCAUAAUUUUCCCAUUGAUAUCUAUAAAAAAAACAGUACAAAGGUCAGAUUGGGAAAAGGGCAGUCUCAAAAGAGCAUUUGCCACUGAUAUUUUCAUUCCUAAUGUAAAAAUCAGAUACAAAGAUCUGAGAAACUCACUUUCAUACUGGGGCUAAUUUUGAGGCAAUGACUGAAUUAUCAUUUUGUUUAUUAAUAUAAACACUGGGGUCAUUUCCAGAAUGGACUUGACUAUGACCUAUAGUUUUUACAUCCUUGUUCUUUAAUCUUUGGUGGGUAGUUGUCUCAUUGGCAAUCAUAUCACAAAAACAAAAAAACAAAUUUAAUGGUUAUGAUGUUAACAGAAUCUGUGAAGAUGAAAAGGUGUUCAGAGUUGUUUUUUUUAAGUUAGUUUAGUAAGAGAAAAUGAUGUUCUGAUUAGGAUUAGAUAAUGUUGAAUUGUUCAACAUCUUUUUAAAAUGUUUCAUAUGUUUUUAUACGACUGCAAAAAAAUUUUGCAGUCGUAUAUUGGUAUGAUAUUAGCGUCAUCGUUGGCGGCGUCAUCCGAAGACACAUUGGUUUUCGCACAAUAACUUUAGUUUAAGUGAAUGGAUCUCUAUGAAAUUUUUCCAUGAGGUUCAAUACCACAAACGUAAGGUUGGGAUUGAAUUUGGGGGUUAUGGUACCAACAGUUAAGGAAUUAGGGGCCAAAAAUAAGCAUUUUUGUAACUUCCAGACAAUAACUUGUGUGUUAGUGUAUGGAUCUCUCUGACAUUGUACCACAAGUUUCAUAUCACAAAGGGAAUGCUGGGAUUUAUUAUGGGGGUAAUUGCCUCAAAAUUUUUGGAAUUAGGGGCCAAAAAAGGGGCAAAAAAACAAGCAUUUUUCUAGUUUCAUGACAAUAACUUGUGUGUUAGUGUAUGGAUCUUUCUGAAAUUGUUUUUUCUUUUUUUUUUUCUUUAAAAUUUUCCAUUUUAAAUUGGUUAUUUCUGAUUUAUAUAUAAAAGCAAAUAAUAAUGAUAUGGUUUGAAUAGGUAAAUUAAAAAUUUUGAAGUUCUUAGACCACAUUCAUUCUGUGUCCGAAACCUAUGCUGUGUCAAAUAUUUAAUCACAAUCCAAAUUCAGAGCUGUAUCAAGCUUGAAUGUUGUGUCCAUACUUGCCCCAACUGUUCAGGGUUCGACCUCUGCGGUCGUAUCAAGCUGCGCCCAGCGGAGCAUUUUAUUUCAUAUAUUUUUAAACACCAAAUUUUUAAGAGAGUAGUAUUUACUUUCCUUAAAUGCUUUGCUUUGAGGAUAGAUGAUUAAUUAUUGUAUUUUGUAGAAUAUUUUGCCUGUAGUGGCUACUGUGGAUUCUUUUAUUAUCGUGGAUACCAAUUAUCGUGGAUACCUAUUUUCGUGGAUAUUUGAUUUUGUGGAUUUGCCAAAGUCUAUAUACAAGCCUUUGUCGUCUCAGAUGCUGGUACCCUUUUAAGAAAAUUAAAAAAAAUUAAUUUGUGUUUUACCUUUAUCCAUAAAAUCCACGAAAAUUUGUAUCAUAUGAAUAAUAAUGAAUCCACAGUAAUAUGAUUUUAUAAAAUGGUAACUACUGUAAAUCCAGAAAUGAUUGCGAGGUUUUUAUUUCUGCGAAUAAUGCGACUACUUGAGUAUCGCAAUAAUAAGAACUCGCAUUCUGAUAUCAAAUACAUAUAUCUGUAUGUAGCUUUUCCUAAAAUCGAAAUAAUUAAACUCAAAUUUUUGUUAAUUCUUCAAAAAUCACAAUAAUAAAUGCACGCAAUAAUUUCUGAAUUUACAGUAGUUUUAAUGUUUAAAUUUAAAAUCAUUAAGUCAUUGUUCUAAGAAUAUAUUAAAAAUAUGAAUGUGAACAUAGACAUUAACAUAAAACAAUGUUGCCAAAUACUGUGGAUUCAUUAUUAUUCGUUGGAUACCAAUUUUUGUGGUUACAGGGAAUGUUCAACGAAUUACAAAUUUUCUUUAGGAUUGUAUGCAGACUUAGGCCUAGCCACGAAAUCAAAUAUCCACGAAAAUGCAUGUUUUCCUCAUUCCACGAAAAUUGGUAACAACUAAAAUAAAUGAAUCGACAGUAGGAGAUUUUUUGUUAUUUCUCUUCUUUAUUUCUUUAUUUAUUUUUUUCAAUAUUACCAUUAAAACGUGUAGUGCUUUUUGUUUUAAACUAAAAUGUGUAUUGCAUUUGAAUUUAGAAAUGCAUUUAGUCUGUGAUACAUGGGGUGGGCAAGAUACUUUUGUUGUGUAUAGGGUUUUGUUAACCUACUGAUAUUUUUAGCGUGUUAAUUUUUUGCUAUUUUUGUCUUAUCUGUGAAAGAUAUAAACAAAAAGAUACCCUUCACAAAUUGUAUUCAUAAUAGAUGCUUACUUAAAAAGAUUGAAAUUAAAUACACUCAAACACCAAAAACCAAUAGCCAAUUCCUGGCAAACUUUAUGAAAAUGAAUAAGUUUAUGUUUCUACCUAAAGUGACCUGCUCUUGUUACAAGCAGGAACGAUUGCCAUUUUGUGGGAAUAUUUUUUUAAUACCAUUGUGAUAUUGCUUUACUUGCCAUUUAAUGGCAUAUGUAUGGAACCUUAAUCAAAAUUAAAGAUUAAACUAUGUUCACAUGUAAAACCAAUUGUAUUUACCACUUUUAAAAGCAAUAGUUAUUGAGAACUAUACAAAAAAAAAGAGAUAAGUUAUUUCUACCAGUAAAUAUAUCUAAAGAAGUGAUGUUGCUAAAUUAUAUACAAUUUUCUGUUUUACAUCAAAAUGUUAAUAUCAUAAAUGGUAUAUUCUAUCAUGCUGAAUCUCUAUACUUAAAUUGUUUUGUGUUUUUUAUUAUUAUUUUAAGGUUUUUUUUAUGAUAGCUUUACAUUGUUUUAUGCUACCUGCUGGUCAGUUCUUGACUUAAAUUGUCUUUCAUUAUAAAAAAAAACCCUGUUGUUAAUUGUUAUUGACUGUUACUUUGAAAUAUGUUUAUUACCCAUGGAAGCAUUUUCAUAUGCUGUCUAUGAAAGAAAAGGAGGGGGGUUUUAUGUUUCCUGGUCUUUGCGUCCAUCUGUCCUUCUGUAUCAAAGGUUUUGGUUAAGGUAGUUUAUCAUAUGGUUGUGGUUACUUCAAUUUCAAACUUAGUACACAUGUUCAUUAAGAUGUGGAAUUUUAAAUAAUAUACUAAAUUAUGGUCUUGAAAGGUGCAUAAUUCUGGAUAAAGUAAUCAGUAUAAUAAUUCCUUCACAUUGUAAUGUUUGCUUAUCAUCUGUUAAUGUACAAAUUUCCAAGUGAAUCAAACAUUUUGGAUAAAGAAGUUAGUCCAGACAGACGAAUGAACAGACAAGUUGAUUCCUAUACUCUAUGCAAAAUCAAAAGCUCUUUCCAUAUACCCAUUUUCAGAGUGUUCGACAUUUCCAGAAAUUAUUUUUCACAUCUUAGUUUUCCAGGACAAUGGUCUGUUCAUUGCCAUAGUAACUUUAGAUAUUAAAAUUAUUGUCUUUGUUGAUUAGCAAAUAUCAUAUUAUUAAAAAAAAUAUUUAUAUAAAAUGAUGUGAUCCUUUGCCAUGUGGUGUUAUGUUAAAUCCCAUCAGACAAGAAGAUUGCUUCACAUAGGAAACAUUGCUUUAUGUUAGAAAUUUGUUGCAGUGUUGCUGUAGAAUUCUCAUUUGGGGGUAUGUAAAAACAGUAGAGAUGCAGUGUUGCUGUUUAGAAGAAUUCUCAUUUUGGGGGGCAUGUAAAAACAGUAGAGAUGCAGUGUUGCUGUUUAGUAGAAUUCUCAUUUGGGAGGCAUGUAAAAACAGUAGAGAUGCAGUGUUGCUGUAGAAUUCUCAUUUGGGGGGCAUGUAAAAAACAGUAGAGAUGCAGUGUUGCUGUUUAGAAGAAUUCUCAUUUUGGGGGGCAUGUAAAAACAGUAGAGAUGCAGUGUUGCUGUUUAGUAGAAUUCUCAUUUGGGGGCCAUGUAAAAACAGUAAAGAUGCAGUGUUGCUGUUUAGUAGAAUUCUCAUUUGGGAGGCAUUUUUUUCAUUUAGUAUGUAAUUAUUUAUUACAAAAUGAAUAAUUUUGACCAAAAUGAUUUUUUUUUCUAAAAGUAUUGCAAGGGCAUGAGGUUUGACUCUAAAUGGGUGAGAGCCAGUAAAAAGUUUGUAUUUUAUCUGACUUCUCAUUAUUCUGAUAUAAUAUAUUUUUAUACUUGUUCGAGUUAUUUCAAAUAUUUGGAAUAUUUUUCAAAUAUCAUGUAUAUUUUUUAUCAUAAGAAAUCAUAGUUUGUAUUAUAAUGAGUGAAAAGUUUAUAGGUUUAUUAAAUCAUGCAUAAUACACUCAAUUGCUGAUUUUUUUACACCAAAUUUUAGGUGUGCAUUACUAAACUUCUCAUUAUUCAUCAGGUAUUAUCGGAUCGGGUAUAUAGUGAAGCCCUUAUGACUGGAAAAUACAUUAUAUUUGUUUCAUUUGAACCAAACUGCUCAUUUUCAUCAGAUAUUGUUUGAUUGGGUAAAUUGUUUGGUCUUAAUGAUCGGAAAAUGCUUUAAUAUAUCUUUGUGUCAUUUUGGAAAAAAGGAAAUGUUUGCUUCCUAUAUACAUUUAAAUUUUGACAAACUGAGUAGGCCUGAAUGCAUAUUUAUGUAAGUAUUAAAUUUGGAUUAUUUAAGCUUUGUCAAUAAAUGUCUUUUUUUUUAUUGUGAAAGGUUUUUUGUUUUUGUUUUUUUGAUGUGUUGAUACAGUAUGUACCUCUGUUAAAUUUAAAAGAUUUAGAAUAAUAGCAUUAGGUUUAUGAAGAACACAAUAUUGUAAACCAACUUAUUUUUUCGCAUUUAGCAGUUUCUAACCAACUUUGCAAUGAUUUCUUUUUUAAGAUUUCUUACUUUGUUUUCAUUGAAGGUAAGAUCCAAGUUGGACAUUUUUACAACAAUGUAUAUUCACAAUAUUUUUCUACCUGCUAAAGUUGUGUAAAUAAAUCAAGUGCGAAAACUUGUUGGUUUACAGUAACCCAAAUACUGUAUGAUUACAGUGACCUAACAAACAUAAUUGUCUUUAUCAAAUAAACAGAUUGCAUUAUUCUUUUUACUUGUAAAUAAGAUACAUAAUUUUGAAAGGAUUAAAGAACUUUUCUACUUUGUCAAUUUUAGGGGCCAAAUAAUGGACUCCUUAAAGGUUUAGUUUCUAAAACAAGCAACUGAAGUUUUCAAGAUGAGAUAAUGUAAUUAUUUGAAUGUUUCUAGGUAGCCAACAUUUCCACAAUUUUCUAGUCUUUAUAUUUGUUGUCUCUUAUUUAUAUUUAUUGUUUAAAUCUCACAUUUUUAUAUAUACAUGUCAUACAAUUAUGCAUUCCAUAAACAUUUUAUUACACAAUAAAUCUUUUGAAAUUA